CCAAUAGAACUGAUGAGGCAUUGAGAAGGCUUCUCAUGACUUGUGCUGUUCUUCUUCCAUCUCCUUAGAAGAUCUGCAUCUCUACUACUCAUCGUUUAAUUCGUUAAUGGAGAGUUUACCGGCAGAUCUCUGUCUCAAGAUCUUCUGUUGGUUGGAUCACCAGAAUCUUGCAGCUGCCCAACAAGUUUGCAAAAAGUGGAAGGUGUUGGCCUCAGAUAAUGUUCUGUGGUCUAAUCUCUUCAAGGAGAGAUGGGGAGGAGAUCGUGCUACUUUCUAUGCCCCUGUUGACUCAAAAUUAUGGAAACAUGUGUAUGAGGUGCAAGAUCGUUGUGAUCGAGUUGGAUUGGGACUGAAGAUAAUCAGAGAAGGUGGUGACUACUAUCUUGUUCACCAAGGAGAAAUCCAACGGUAUUUGGGUUCAAGGAGAAAAAGUAAAAGGGCAGCCAGUUGUUCUCUAAACACCAAAGGAGAACUUAGAGGAGAUGAAUUCAUGAAACAUGAGGAAUCCUGCUGUGGAGGUAUAUUGGACAAAAUACUUUUCUUCAUUGGAGACUUGGAAGUAGCAUCUGCAGAUGCGAAACGCAGUCGGAUUCAAUGAGCAGUCUUCAAGUUGUCACUCUAACAUACUCAGAAGUGCAAGAAUUCUUCUGCUUGAUUGCCUUGAUAUUGAUCCAUAGUCCAUAAUCUUCUUGUUUGUAUAUUUAUUCACAUAGGAAUUAUAUUGGUACCCAUUUGUGUUGUAUGUAUAUGUAUUUAAGUUAGGCCUCUACUCUUGGCUUGUUUAUAUGUGUAGAUAAUGCACCCAUACUGAAGGUUGAUUUAUAGUUCAUUUAUUUGAAGUGAAUGCAAUGCUUCCUGAAGAA